AUGGCUAUUAUAGCCACUGUUGGAGGUAUGCUCUUUGGUUUCGAUAUCUCGUCUAUGUCAGCCAUCGUCAUUACCGACCAGUACAUCAAUUACUUCAACAAUCCGUCUGGUGUUGUUCAAGGCGCCAUUGGUUCUGCUCUCGCUGCUGGGUCUGUUAUUGGUAGUUUGAUGGCCGGUCCCAUUUCCGACAAAUGGGGCCGCCGUGACAGUAUCAUGUUUGGCUGCCUCUGGUGGUUGGCCGGAACUGCCGUCCAAGUCUCUACUAAGGGAAUUGGCUCGCUGAUCGCCGGUCGUGUUCUGAACGGUGUCUGCGUCGGUAUCUCUUCGUCUCAAGUCCCAGUUUAUCUCGCCGAGAUCGCUCCACGAGAUACUCGGGGUCGUAUUAUCGUCAUCCAACAACUUGCUAUCGAAUGGGGUAUUUUGAUCAUGUACUUCAUUGGCUACGGAUGCUCUAAAAUUGAUGGCACGGCGUCUUUCCGAACUGCUUGGGGAACACAAUUCAUUCCCUGUGUUUUGCUCAUGUUGGGCCUUCCGUUCCUCCCUAGAUCUCCGAGAUGGCUUGCCAAGGUCGGUCGCGAGGAGGAAGCAAUUCAAGUUCUCGCCGAUAUCCAAGCAGGUGGUAACAAGGACGAUCCCGUUGUUAUUGCCGAGUGGGAAGAAAUCUACACCGUGCUCAAUGCAGAGCGUGAGACGAUUAGGGGAUGGAGAAAGUUCUUCGUCAACGGCAUGUGGAAACGAACUCUUGCCGGAAUGAGUGUCCAGGCGUGGCAGCAAAUGAGCGGUGCCAAUGUUAUCGUAUACUACAUUGGAUAUGUCUUCCUGAUGGCUGAUCUUCAAGGCGAUGUUAACCUGAUUUCUUCUGGUAUUCAAUAUGCACUCUUCAUCAUCUUCACUACGAUCAUGUUCUUUUUCAUCGAUAAAACUGGUCGUCGACCGCUCCUUGUCUAUGGUGCUCUCGGGAUGGCCGUCUGCCACUUCGUUGUUGGUGGCUUGCUUGGCACUUACAGCGUUCCCGUCCCCGAGGGCGUCGGUGGUAACCACAACGUUGUCAUCAGAGUUACUGGUGCCCCCGCACACGGCGUCAUCGCAUUCAGCUACCUUCUGAUCAUCGUCUAUGCGUUGACCCUAGCCCCUGUCGCCUGGGUCUACGCCGCCGAGGUUUGGUCGCUCGGGACGCGUGCGACCGGUAUGUCGCUGGCUGCUGUGGCUAACUGGCUAUUCAACUUCGCCCUUGGCCUCUUCACGCCUCCAGGCUUCCUGAACAUCAAAUACAAGGUAUUCAUCAUCUUUGGAGUACUUUGUGUUGGGGCUGCCAUCCAGGCCUGGUUUACCUACCCCGAAACUUGCGGUAAGACUAUCGAGGAAAUCGAGGUGCUGUUUGCUAAGGGCGCGAUGCCCGCAUGGAGGACUAAGAAGGGCGGUUCUCGUCUUGAAGCUGAAAUCCAGGCCGUAUUGAACCGCAAGGAGCAUGGUGAAGACGUGCACGCGGUUGUUCACGAAGAACUAGAGAAGACUGCGUCUGCAAAGGAAGUGCCUACACAGACAGCGUAA